UUCCAGCUACCGGAAUGAUCCUGCACAUUUCACAGUACAACAAUCCUAAUGAUACGGAUUGUGUGUAUCGGCUGUUUCUCGGCUUAUACGGACACAACGGACAGUGCCCCGGCAAAGCGCUGUCUUCAGUGGAUUCCGACAUACCUGUGACCAAUAACAUCCACAUGUUGUACGUGGAUUAUAAUCGUGUGUACAUCGCAUACAUCUGCCGCGCCACCAACUACAAAACCGGCAUUUGUGACGACCCGGUCUUCCACGUGAUGACCCGUGUUCGACCGGAUAAAAUGCCAGCCAAAGAGCUGAAGGCCAUCGACGACAUUGUGGACAAGACGCUGGCGCCUUACUGUCACACUGCCGCUGACGUUGAUCAGCAGAUGCACUCCGACGCGAAGCCCUUUUGUAAACCGGCGGAUUUCGGCGAUACGUGCGCCUUCCGUGCCCUGACCGCUCUGACCCACGACAUUAAUAACGCAACACAGUAUCAGUAUAAGGAAAGCAGGCCCUAG